AUGGAUGUGUAGGAUAUGGGUGCCGGGCAUGCCCAGGCCUUUCAUCAGAGCGACAGGCACACUUCAACAGCAACGAGAGGAAACGCAGCAAAGAAACUGGGCGGCGGCACUGGAAGAUUUGCCAACGCCACCUUAGUGCGGCUGUCAGAGUUUCUAAGUACCGGGUAUAAGAAAGGAGUGAGACCAGUGAAAGACUGGAGGACCUCUACUAAUGUGGAAAUUGACCUCAUGGUAUACUCUAUCCUUAAUGUGGAUGAAAAGAAUCAGGUUUUAACAACUUAUGUCUGGUACAGACAGUCAUGGAAAGAUGAGUUCCUGGUGUGGAAUUCAGAGGAGUUUGAUGACGUCAAACAAAUUUCCAUACCCACAGCUAAUGUUUGGGUUCCUGACAUCCUCAUCAAUGAGUUCGUAGAUGUGGGGAAGUCUCCAGACAUUCCUUAUGUUUAUGUCACAAAUGAUGGAUUUGUGCGCAACUACAAGCCCAUUCAGGUUGUCACAGCCUGCACUCUCAAUAUCUACAACUUCCCAUUUGAUGUGCAAAACUGCAGCCUCACCUUCCAAAGCUGGCUCCAUACCAUUAAUGACAUCAACAUCACCCUGAUGAGAAACCCCGAGGAUCUCAGUAAGGACAAGAGUGUCUUCAUGAACCAAGGAGAGUGGGAGCUACUUCAUGUACUAUCCAAAUAUAAGAACUUCAGUGUGGACAACAAAGAGUAUUAUGCUGAAAUGAAAUUCCAUGUGGUGAUCCGGCGGCGGCCAUUAUUCUACACUGUGAACCUGCUGCUGCCCAGCAUCUUCUUAAUGGUGAUGGACAUCGUGGGUUUCUAUCUGCCACCAGACAGUGGAGAGAGAGUUUCAUUCAAGAUCACGUUGCUGCUGGGCUACUCUGUCUUCCUCAUCAUCGUAUCUGACACUCUGCCUGCCACUGCCAUAGGAACCCCGCUAAUUGGAGUGUACUUCGUGGUCUGCAUGGCCCUCCUGGUAAUCAGCCUAACAGAAACUGUGCUGAUUGUACGUUUGGUCCACAAGCAGGACCUGCAGCCCCCCGUGCCCCACUGGCUGAAGUACCUGGUGUUGGAAAGAGCUCCAGUCCUUUUCUGCAUCCACAAAAAGCACCGCCUGUGUUCCAGACUGUCGUCUCAGUCCUCUGACAUGGAGAACUACAAGGAAAACAACUAUGGGACAGCCCCGUGCUCACUCCACCACACCUGUGAGAUCGGCCGAAAACUCAGCCAGCACGAGAGAGAAGGUGGGCUGCUCGGACUGCACUUGACUCCAUCCAAGGAGAACGCCCCGCCUCUCAUGGACAACAUCCUGCAAGAGGUGACAACAAUACGUCACUUCCUAGAGAAGAGGGACAAGUGUCGUGAAAUUGCCAAGGAGUGGCUCCAGGUUGGCUACGUGCUGGACGUGCUGCUCUUCAGAGUCUACUUGGUGGCUGUGGUGGCCUACAGCAUCACCCUGGGCACACUGUGGUCUGUUUGGCAGGUUGCCUGA